CGUUUUCCCGCAUCAACCACGUUCUACGCCCACUGCCCAUCUCAUAUUCUCCUCUCUCCUCCCCCUCCCACAGUCGACCCUCAGCAACAAAACACACCGCUGAGGCCUAUCGCACACGUCACACAGCAUGGCGUCGUCGACUGAGGACCAAGUCGGCCCUCUUGGGCCUGCAGCUUGGUACAAACUGCUGCACCCUCUCUCGGUUGAUCUUGUUGGCGAUUUCGCAGGCAAGGAGCUGUUCGCCAUCCACGGCGAUGCCCUCAUGCUCUACUGCAUCACCAAUGCCAAGGUCGACCUUGCCAGUGGUUUCCAGCUUCUGCACGCAAUUCAUGCGGUUGAGAGCUUCCUCACAAGGCUGCAGGACCGUGGCUUGAACUUCCAUGUCAUCUGGUUCCGCGACCACGAGGCACUGUGUCUGCCGCGUGAAGCCACUGAUGUGCUGUCACCCAAGUACCUAUUGAUACGGGCAAUUCUCAUCCGCCAUCUCAACAGGCAACAGCCGUCGCAGGACGCUGUCGCCACUCAGGAUGCCACGGCCAUAUCCUUCGAGUUUGACGGCCUAGAUAGCCCGUCUUUCCAUGACUAUCUCAUCAACAAUGCUGUUCACUGCUUCAUGUGUCUGGAUGCUCCCGCCUUUGGGGAAUGCUCCGCCAGCUCAGAAGAGGCUUACCUGGGCAUUGCUCAUCACUUCGCAGCAAGAGGAUACUGCCUCGCCUUCAUAAACAGCGUCGAGUUCUCCAGCUCGAGGGUCCGUGCGUCUGUCAUGUCGCCGUUUCCAAAUCUGCAGCGCGCCCCGCUCUCCAUACCCCAGCCUCCAGCGCGAGAGGACAAGAGUGAUGGCGCAGACCAAAGUGACAUAGGAACAUGGUCACCAUGGGGAGACGACGAGCCUCUGUCUCUUCGAGAAGCCAUCUCAUUACGUGCGCUUGCCAUCAUGGCAACAGCGCACAAGGAUGACCCGGCCGAAUUCUCGGCCUUUGCUUCAGCAUUCAUCAUUCAUCUCGUUCUCCUGCGACAACUGCCUCUCUCACAGCGAUCUUUCGGUCCCGUCCAAGAUCGAGGUGAGAUUGACACGCAGGCUUUCUUGGCAGAAUUCUCAAGCACAAGCGUCGCCUUACUCGAUCAAGCUGCACAUUCCUUGCAUUGGGACCUCUUCGACCUUUUGGACGGAAGGCUCCUGGGAUUCAUCCUGAGCCAGAAGCCACAGCUUCCCGGGUCCUUGACCCCAGCAGUACAUGCGUUUGCAAACAAGCUGCAGGAACUGACGAGUGUUAGUAUUGGGCAAUCCCUGUCUGCUCUUCAGUCAUCGACGGAUUCUGCUCGGCAGAGUGUCCAGAAUGGCGAGGGUGUCGUGAAUGAACGUGGCGUUCUACCCUUCAGCCAUCCUGCACUCAACGACUAUCUGCAAGAUAUCCGCCUUGUCCCAACGGACGACUCCGGGAAGGAAGCCCUUCCCAAGAUCUUCAGAGAGCUGACACAUUGGCACAAUGCCCGUGUGUCUGUGGCUAGCAGACGCCCUCCGCCGCCCAAGAACUGGCGGGAAAUGAGGGCCGAUCAGAAGCAGAUGGCCAGUACAAUCGCAUACUCGGCGAGUCUGAACAACGCAUCUGGCAAGCGUAUCGAACCUGAGGUCAUCAUCGGAGGCAUCAAUCGGGACCCGAGCUCGGCUCCCAAGAAGGAAGUCAAGAAAGAAGCCAAGAAGGAGAACGACGAGAAGAAGCCCACUAAACAACCAACACAGAAGGGUGGAAAGAAGGGCAAGGCGAAGAGUGGCAAGGAGCUGGCCAUGGAGGCCCGUCAGGCUAUACAGGACAAGAAAGCCUCUUCCAAAACAAACGACAGGCUGGUCUGGUGGGAGCAGCGGUGCAGGGAAUUGUCCUCGGAGCCAGACUUGAUCAAGCGAUAUCUCAAGACUAUCAAGUUUCUCAAUUCUCUGUCUGGGGAUCAUGCAUCUUCUAUCGGGGCUGAAGUCUCCUUGUAUGCUUGCAAUGUCCUCGCUGCCAUACUCGUCCAAGCAGGGGAUGCACCCAAGGCGAGACAGAGCCUAACAGCCCUGAUUUGGUCUAUCAUUCGCAGCAUCGACAACUCCAACCUGAGUCCGCCUACUGCUAAGAUGCUCAACGUUCUUGCCGCGUCUCUGCAAAUCCCAGCAGAGUUCACUAGCGAUCCCUCUUCGCCUUCCACCAGAAAACUUCCAUUCUCUUGCGUCUUCGAUGCCAAGAACGGGGUCACGAACCUGGCACCUGUCAACCUCGACUUCCAACUACAACACUGUGGACCGUUCCUCGAGCGAAGUUUCGAUCCUGCCCCAGAUAAACGUGUUCCCUUCAACCCGGACGGUUGGCAACGGGAUGUUCUCAAUGCCAUCGAUGCAGACAAGAGUCUUUUCGUUGUAGCCCCAACCUCUGCCGGUAAAACAUUCAUCUCCUUCUAUGCCAUGAGGAAGGUCCUCAAAGAAACCGAUGACGGUGUGCUGGUGUAUGUCGCACCAACAAAGGCUCUUGUCAACCAGAUUGCUGCCGAGAUCCAGGCGCGUUUCACCAAGUCUUACAAGCACGACGGCAGGUCUGUGUGGGCAAUUCAUACUCGCGACUACCGCGUCAACAACCCGGCGGGAUGUCAAGUUUUAGUCACGGUCCCACACAUCUUGCAGAUCAUGCUGAUGGCCCCGUCUAACGCGGAGCAUGAAAACUCAUGGUCGCGACGCAUUAAGCGCAUUAUCUUCGAUGAAGUCCACUCCAUCGGCCAGGCCGAAGAUGGAGUCGUCUGGGAGCAGCUGCUCCUUUUGGCACCAUGUCCUAUCAUCGCGCUGUCGGCUACCGUGGGCAACCCCGUGGAGUUCCGGCAAUGGCUUGAGAGCACAGCCAAGUCGAAGGGGCUUGAGUUCGAGACAGUCGUUCAUCAAACACGUUACUCCGACCUGCGAAAGUUCUUAUGGAAACCUUCCAAGGAGUACGCUCUGGACUUCUUAGACCCGGUCGAGAGACUACCCAUCCCUGGUCUGGACGACAACGGCGCAAAGUCCUCGAACUUCUUCCCAAUCCAUCCGGUGGCUACUCUGGUUAACAGGAACCGCGAGACCCUCGAUGAUCUCACCCUGGAACCCCGUGACUGUCUCCUUUUGUGGAAGACCAUGGCAAAGCACCAGAAUGCCGAUUAUCCAUUGAGCCAAGAUCUGAACCCGCCAAAGGCUUUCCCCAAGGUUGCAACAAAGCCCGAUGUGGCCAUGUACGAGGCUGCCUUGAAGAAAACUCUUCACUCCUGGAUGCUGGAUCGGAACUCGCCUUUCGAUGCUGUGCAGAAGGACUUGCAACCACAGUGCCAUGUUCCGGCAUCUUCACGUCAAGAGCUUGAAGACUCCGCCCUCCCACUAUUGACAGACCUUCGUACGCAAGGUGCCUUGCCAGCGAUAUUGUUCAACUACGACCGUAACGCCUGUGAGGAUAUCGCCUUCCGCAUUCUUGCUGACCUGGAAGAGGCGGAGAAUGAAUUCAAGGCAACUGAUGCCGCCUGGAAAAAGAGGAUCGCCAAAUGGGAACAGUACAAGAAGGACCAGGCCAAGGCCGAUGCGCUCAGACAAAAGACUACUAAGGCCAAGGCGAAGGGCAAGCGUGACGAAGAUGAUGUGCCUGACGGUCUGAUGGACGAUGACCCGAGUACAAUGGCGGGUUUCAACCCAGACGCCCCUCUCGAGCGCUUCUCCCUCGGUGACGAGACCAAGCUGACGCGCACUGAUCUGGAGUGGAUGAUCUGGUCGCUGCGCUGGAAGAACCUCAAUCCUGCUAUUUUGAACGCCCUUCGCCGCGGAAUAGGCAUCCAUCAUGCCGGUAUGAACCGCAAGUAUCGUCAGAUCGUCGAGAUGCUCUUCCGAAAGGGCUUCCUCACUGUUGUCAUUGCCACUGGCACCCUAGCCCUAGGUCUCAACAUGCCUUGCAAGACGGUCGUCUUCUUCGGAGACUCCGUGUUCCUGACCGCCCUGAACUAUCAUCAAGCUGCAGGUCGUGCAGGUCGAAGAGGAUUUGACUUGCUCGGAAACGUCGUCUUUGUCGGCAUGCCCCAAGAGCGGGUGUACGAGAUUGUGUCCUCCAGACUGCCUGAUCUUAGGGGACACUUCCCGCUGUCGACCUCUUUGGUGUUGCGGACACUCGGCCUACUACACCACACCAAAAACUCGGAAUACUCUGUUGGUGCAGUCCAGUCAUUGUUGUCACAGACAAGAUUGUAUCUUGGUGGACCUUCUGGUCAGCUCUCGAUUAAGCACCACCUACGCUUCUCCAUCGAGUACCUUCGAAGGCAACACCUUCUUUCUGAGGAUGGUACUCCGCUCAACUUUGCUGGCCUUGUCGGGCAUUUGUACUUUACGGAGAACUCUGUGUUCGCUUUCCACUCCUUGCUCAAGGAGGGCUAUUUCCACAAGCUGUGCGAGAAGUUCCGCACUGCGUCCGAAGCCACGCUGCUGGAGAUUGUCCUGGUACUUUCGCACAUUUUCGGCCGCAUCUCGACCAAUACUUUCAAGAAGGACUGGACCGCAGCCGUCACCAGAUCUGACUCGAUCGUUUUCCUCCCCCCUCUGCCGGAAGAAGCUCUGCAGACUCUGAGGCAGCACAACCAGGAAACUCUUGACAUAUUCAAGACAUAUGCAAGCACGUAUGUCCGACAGCACUUGGACGACAAGCCGGACAAGCAGUUGCCUUUCACCAAGACUGAAGCUGGAGCGUCGAAGAGCGUUCUAGGCGAAGGGGACCUCGAAGGGAUCUUUGGCGAGGGCCGCAACCCGCCGACAAAGCUCCGUUCACCUUUCCAUGCACUCUCCGGCUUCGGCGACAACUCUUUCGGUUCGAUCCACGAGCUUUGUGAGACAGUUCGAAGCGAAGUCUUCCUGGAGGAGUCGGCAAUCCCUUACAUCCCCUUGUUCCCUGACGACACUAACGGUGUCCCCUGGAACGCAUACCUCUACGAUUUCUUCAAGCACGGAGAUAUGGAGGCCCUGGUCAGGGAUAACCACAUCAAGAAGGGAGACGUCUGGUUCCUCCUCAAGGACUUUUCCCUGGUGCUCGCGACCAUCGUCACGAGCUUGACAAACUUCCUGGACCUCGAUGCUGCCGCCGACUCGGACCUUGCCAUGAUGGACGUCCAGGACGCCGAGGACGCGGCCCGCGAGACCUCCGAUGCCCUGGAGCCCGAUGACGCCGCUGGCGAUAUGGCCCACGGAGCCCUUCCUGUUCAAGAAGAAGCCUCCAAGAAACCGGAGGUAGCCGCCCCGGCCCCGAAGAAGAAGAAGAAGGUGGUCGACUCGUGGGACGACGAGGACAGCAGCGAGGAUGAGGCUGCGGCUGCAGAGGCCGCCGAGGCCGCCGCCAAGGCUGCCGGCCCCGCGUGGGAGGGCGAUGGCGAGAAGAACCUAGGGCAGGUGCUGCGGAUGUUCAAGAUGGUUCAGCAGCAGUUCGAUGAGAAGUUCAGGAAGCAGUGGGCUUAA